AUGUGCGGCAAGUGCUACGGGUUACGGGAGAACCAUUUGUACGCCAAAUUGGAGAAAUGUGAUUUCCACAUUGCUGAGGUGUCCUUUUUAGGAUAUAUUAUUUCUUCAGAGGGGUUUUUUAUGGAACCUAAGAAACUCCAGGCUAUCUUAAGUUGGGCUCAACCCACUAACUUAAAGGCUAUCCAGAGAUUUUUGGGUUUUGCGAAUUAUUACAGACGUUUUAUUCAUGCCUUUUCCGAUUUGGUUGCCCCUAUUGUGGCAUUAACAAGAAAGGGAGCUGAUCCUUCCAACUGGUCGCCUCAAAACGAGUCUUCCUUUCAGGCUCUGAAACAGGCCUUUGUCUCGGCUCCAGUCCUGAGACACCCCAACCCUGAUCUUCCUUUUAUCAUCGAGGUGGACGCCUCAGAGGUUGGAGUGGGAGCCAUCCUAUCUCAAGAAGACCCCAAGUCCCUGGUGCUACACCCUUGA